AUGUCGGUAACUCUACCAAGCCGACCCAGUUUACCAUCACAAUUACAACAACCAUUACAACCAUUAACACAGUCAUCUUUAGAACAGUUUAACUCGAGAAAUAUGUCAGAGUAUACUGCCAGACAAAUGCAGUUGUAUGCUGAAAGACCUCAGGUCGCGAGUACCUUAACUCAAAUGAGUCCUUCAAACAUUAGCAACCACAACUCGCCCGUGAAUAGCAAUAAUAUUGUUUCUUCACCAGCUCUAUCUUCUGUAUCACUAGGAAGUUUCGAUGCUGAUUGCCUUGGACAACAACAUUUAGAACAAUCACAGCAGCAGCCACAACAUGCUAUCAAAGUUGACCAACAACUAAACAGCAGCGGUAAUAACACCGCCAAUAAUCAUCAUCAAUCACCAGCAGCGAAUGUUAUGCAAGUUCUCUACGAGCAAAAAAAGGGCACUUUAUAUUUUAUCCCAGAAGGAUUUGAACCUGUUCUAGUUCCGAAUGACGCGCAAGCGCAAUCGGUGACAAACUUGUUGCAAUCUUCGAAACAAGUUUCUGCGCCGUUAAAUGUGUCGCGAAUGCUUCCUGAUACUGAUGUGCGUUUGCCAUCAUUAGCGCUUCCGUGUGGUGUAGCUGGUCCGCAAGCAAAACCAAAUACCAACAACGGAAAGUCAAAGGUAAAGAAGCCACCAAGACCACCAAAUGCGUUCAUAUUAUAUCGCCGUGCUAAACAACCCGCGAUUGUGGCAAAAAAUCAAGGGAUCACAAAUAAUGAAGUGUCCAAAGAAAUCGGUAGAAUGUGGCAUGAAGAACCGAUUGAAGUGCGAUUGAAGUUCCAAAAGAUGGCCGAAGCCGCGAAACAGGAGCAUAUGAAAAAAUAUCCUGAGUAUCGUUAUCGACCACGUCGACCUCAAGAUAGAAAACGAAGAAUCCAACCACGUGAUUCUCCCGCAAGAAGAGGAUCUUCUCCAGUUCUUCCAUCGGAGAAAUUACCGAUUUUGGAUAAUUCGGCGUUCGUGUCUUCUUCGUCGUCGCCAAAUCCACGACGUGUCUCGUCGAUAUCCUCGAACGAUUGUGAUAACAAUUCAGAAAUUUAUAUGUCAAGUCCUACAAUGGCACAAAAUGUCAUUCAACAACAGCAACCAGCCCAACAGAAUCAUCUACAACAGCAACUCAUGUAUGCUAAUAAUAGUUCGGUUGUUAGAUCUCCGCAAGAAUCAUUCGGACUACUCGACGGUGCUACUCAGUUCAAUUACGCAUACAUGAAUAAUUUACAAAAUUCAUAUGACAACUCAUCUGUUGCUGCCGCCGCUGCAUCGAUGGUGGGCAAUUCGAUACCACAAGGAAUGAUUGAUUACAACAUGUUCGACGGACAUCAACUACCUUCUGAUGAUUGUAUCGAGUAUCCCGACUUCGAGGAUUACCAUGAAUACGACAUGAACUGCCUUAAUUACAUGAAUGAAGAAUAUUACCGAAAUAAUGGACAAUUUAUUAAACUUGACUAUUCUGAAUAA